AUCAUACUGGGAUUGUAUCAAUAAAAUAGGGAAAAAAUAACAUUUACAUAUUUCUUCUUGAUGAAAUAUAAAUAGAACUACACGUAAAACAUGUCAGUUCACUGCUGGUGUUUAAUAAUAAAAAAUAACGGAGAGAGAGAAUAAAAAGGCAAAAUAAACAAUAAUAGGCAAAACCAAUUAAUUUGUUUAGUUACUUAAUUAGAAUGUGUUUUAUGUCAUUGAUAAGGAUACGAUCGAAACAACUAAUGAUAACAACGGUCUAAUUUGUGAUUGUGUUGCGUAUUCUUAUCAGAUCAUAUUACUGUUGCUAUCAGCUACCUUUGUCUUCACAAUUAUUCCUAAAAUGACGUCUUGUAACCAUAUUUUUGUGAUAUGAGGCUACAUGACGAAACUCCCUCUUUCUCUUACUAAGAUCGUCAGUAUAAGCAAUAAAUAUCCGCGUUGUCAACCGAUUUUGGGUUACAUUUUUUCGCCUCCAUCAUACUUUUCUUAUCUUUUUCAUUUUGAAUACGUUAUUUUAGCCGUUGGGAAACAUUUGUAAUUUCAUUUUUUGAGAUAUAUCUAUAAACUAAUAAUAACUGCGUCGCUACUAUAUGAUUAAUUUUUUUAUUUUAUUUUACUAUAAGUCGUCGUACCCUCUCGUACAUAAAAAGACAUUUUUACAGACGUUCGAAUGUGAUUCGUUCAUUCGCUGAAAAAUACAAUCAAAAAACUUUUUAUUGUGUUCUUCUUCUAGAUGUAACGAUUUUUUUAAUCCUUCGUGAUGUUUAUUCCACAUCGUUGAAGACAUUCAAAAGUUUCAUUCAAUUGUAAUGAAAUCAGUAGAAAAAAAAGAAAGAGAGAAAAAUGUCAUCUAUAUUAAGACUGGAAUGAAAUGAAUAAAAAAAAAAAAAGAUGCUGUUGGCAAAAAAAAAAGAAUACGUGGUGACACUGAUUUCAGGUAAUAUCUUCCUGAAACGGAUGUAAGAGAGACAAAAUGAGUAGAGCAAUGAGUUAAACUAUUGGACGGAAGAAAAAUACAUAUGUUGGAAAAGAAAUAAUGUGUCACAUUCUUUUGCUACUAAUAAAUGUAAUCUCUCAUUGAUUAGUCACCUUUUUUAAGACACAUGUAUCAACAAGAAAUAAAUAUAAAAUAGUUUGAACGACUGUUCUUGUAAAUAUUAUUUUUCAGCAAGAAAAAACAACUGUCAAUAAAUGUUUAAAAAUUUAUAAAUCAUUACUAAAGGAAUGAAAAUCCAAAAUGUUGUUUAUAAGAUUAGAGAAAAAACUAAUUACGCAUUUUUCAAGAAAAGUUCUACGUUAUUCAUCUGAAAAAAAAAGAAUUUUUUCUAUUAUCUAGCAGUAAUACUACGAGAGUGAAUAUAGUAGUUAUUAUCAAGAACGUCAUUUGUCUUCUUCAUUUUUCAUAUUUGAAUAGACACUAAGGUCAAUAUGUAAAGUCACUGUAUUUUGUGUACAACUAUGAUGUUUGAAGCAUUAUUCAAAAUUAAUGCACCAUAAACUCUAUUUUAUUUAUAUUGUAUAGAAUAUUUUCAUAAAAUUUCAAAUAUAUAAGAAUAUAAAACACAAAUAAAAUAGAAUUAAAAUUAGAAUUACAUUACAGAAAAACUAAAUGUGUUAUUUCGAAUUAUUCAGACUGAUGAGUGCUGACUGUACUAGUGACAAAAUGAACUUUGUUUAUCAUCAUCAUCAAUGAAACAAGAAGAUAUGAAAAGAUUUGUUAAAAAUAGAUAAUUUCACUUUGCCAAUAGCAAUAUUUAUCACCGACAUACUAUAUUCAAUGUUAUCAUCUUCCAUUUUUAGAUAAUACUAGUACGAAAAAGUUGUUUGAUUAUACACUGAUUGAAAAGAUGAAACUACCGCAUGUUACAUCAAAUAAAGUAAUUUCUAGACCAUUGGUUCAAAUAGUAGUCAUACAACUACAAAUAUUCUGUUUUUAUAGUUAUCAAACAUGUUAGACAGAUUAUGUUUGACAAUACGAGUAUGGUACUAUUAACAAAGAUCUAAUUCACAAGAAAAUUUUCUUGUUUGAUCUUCUAUAGAGAUGAUCCUUGAUGUUGAUUGCUACACAAUGCGUUAAAAUAACACUAAGUAAAUGUAUACAUAUUUUACUUGGCUUUAGCAAGAUUUUGGAUGUUUAACCAGUAGAAAAAAAUCAUGUUAAUCAAAAAGAAAGUAUUUGAUGAUUUACAUAUAUAUAUAUAUAUAAAGAGAGAGAGAUUUGUAUGUAAAUAUCUGCAAACAUCGGUUGACCAGAAAGAAUGAGUACGUUCUAAAUAAAAAAUAAGGAAACAGCUUUGACAUAAAUAACAGAACAAAACUAGCCCUUAGUUCUAUAAUAGUCAACAGUGGAAGAAACUCUAUUCUUUGGAUUAGGAGUUGCUAGAAAUUUGAAACAUACAACUUUUCUAUAAAUUUCUAAUAUUGUUGUUAAUUUGAGAAGGUAGUAUGAAUUUAGAUUUAGGUUAUAACAUAUGUUUGACAGUGAAACUAGAAUAGCUAAAUCUAAGAGUUCGCAUGAGAUAUGAUCUUGUUAUUAUCAUGAAGAACAGAAUAUUCCGACUUUCUAUUAAGUAGUAAAUAUUUUUUGGUUAGUACGGAAACGCCUUGAGGCAAUAUAAUACAAUUAUAUUUCUAAUCAGUCGGAACUCAGCACGUAUAAAGAUGACGGAGUUAAUCAUUUGGAAAUACAGAAAUAUUGCUGCUAUUCUACUUUAUUACUCUAUUUAGAAAAAGGGAACAAUGAAAAUAACUGAUUUGUCGAAUUCAUUUCUUUUUUUAUCCGUACAUGCGAAAUAAUGAAAAAAGAUCAGACAUCAUCUCGAUUAUUUUAUCUUUCUUGCAUAUUAUUUUCAUUGGUUAGUGUACAUAGUCUAGAUAAUAACGAUGCAUUCUACGCAUUGAUUUAGUAAUGACUAAAGUCUGGCAAAAUUUUGAAACAAUAAACCCGGAUAAUUCAAACAGAAUGGAGACAAAAUAAAAACAUUCUCGAAAAAAUAAACAAAGAUGAACUCACUUCACUUAGUCUAAAUAAUCGUAUGAAGAAUAUAAUGUCUUUUAUUGGUUGUAACUAAUCGCUUGUCCUAACUGCUAAGAUGUUCGAACCCCAAUAAGUUCCGUUAGCCUAUGAACGUGCUAAGUCUAAAAACAAAACUAAAAUAUUAGCUAUUUGAUGAAACUUUCUAGACUACACCAGUGUACUAUGCUGAUGCGUUCUUGAGUUUACAUUUUUCGACUUAUACUGUACUAAUACACUGAAAAUUUAUUAGUUUCAUUACUUUUUAUUCUAGAUAUUACAGAUGGCAGUAAUGAGAGUAAAAUUAAAGAGAUCGAUGAUGAAGCCGUUCAAGAACGUUUAAAAUUGAAACGAAAAUUACAAAGAAAUCGUACAUCAUUUACUCAGGAGCAAAUUGAUGCUUUGGAAAAAGAAUUUGAACGAACCCAUUAUCCAGACGUGUAUGCUCGAGAGAAACUUGCACAAAAAAUUAAUUUACCCGAGGCAAGAAUACAAGUUUGGUUUUCGAAUCGUCGUGCAAAAUGGCGAAGAGAAGAUAAAGUACGUGGACAACGACGUCAAAUGAAUGAAGUUGGAAAUUUACGUCCAUCUGGCAGUACACCACCACCAUCUCUUUAUCCAUCUGCCUUUCCUCAACCAAAUCUAUCCGAUCCAUACAGUAGCACAUUCGGAACAAGUUUUACAACACCAAUGGCUGCUGCUGUUUGUAAUUCAACGGGAUAUCCAUUUUUUCAAGGCUCAGCACGAGGUUAUGAUGCCUUAAGUUCAUUCAGUUCGCCUUAUAAUCGAUCAUCAUGUUAUGGUCCCGGUCAUUCAAACAACUCAGAAAAUAUUGCUUUAUUCAAACAAUGUCAUUAUCAUUUAAAAUGUUUUAUUUGUUUUGAUUGUUCAAAACAAUUAUCUGACAAAUCAUUCUAUUUGGAUGAACAAUUACAAUUAAACAUAAAAAAUCCUCAAGUUUAUUGUGAAUCAUGUUAUAUGAAACGUAGUUCUUUGUGCACCAAAUGCAAUCAAAGAUUUACACCAAAUUCAAUCAUCAUCGAAUAUUUAAACAAAGAAUAUCACAAUGAAUGUUUUCAAUGUUCAAAAUGUCAAAACUUAUUGCGUGAAAAAACGUUCUAUGUUAAAAAUUGUGAAUUUUUAUGUCAAACAUGUUGCGAAGAAAUCGAACCAUAUGUAACUCCACUCGAAUCAACGAAUUUGAAAGAUGAUCGAUGUAAAAAAUGUGGAAAACAAUUUAGAUAUGGUGAAACAAUAUCGAUUUAUCUCUGCGAUAAAUAUCACUCAGAUUGUUUCAAAUGUAGUUCAUGUGCAAAAAAUAUGAUUGGUCAAGGUUUCUUUCGCCAAGAAGGUGGAUUGCUCUAUUGCUUAGACUGCCAUAUUGAUAAGGGACCACAAUGUUCUAUUUGUAAAGAACCAUUUUUAACUGGAGAAAUACUUUCAAAAUUUGAUGGGAGACAAUUCCAUAAUACUUGUUUUUUGAGAAAUCGAGAAUUACGUGUGCGAAAAAAUCUACAAUUCAUUAUUAUGUCAUCAUCCGAUAAACCACGUCAAUCAACAUUACCAACAUCGACAAUAAUCGCAUCUGGUGACACUCGAGGCGCUCCAAAGGCACUCGAGGCGUUUCCUAUAGACACCAAAGACCCAUUCGUUCCUCUUCAAUCCACACGAUUGUUACAAGGUUCAGACGCCGAUCCAAUCCUUUGGACCGGUACUGAAUUAACUUGGUUAACAUCGGCUGGAAAUUUCCGUCUUUACAAGGACUGA